AUGGAUGAUCUGAGUAUAAGAAUUCUCUUUGGACGAUUGAUGUGUGAUAUGGGUCAAUGGGAUCAGUCACAACACUUCUUUCAACAUUUGUUGAAUAGCUACAACGAAGAUCUUGCGAUGGUUGAAUAUAGUCUUGGUGAAGUUCUUCAAUGGAAAGGUGAAUGGAGUGAAGCAAGAAAAUAUUAUGAUCAUGCUUAUGACGGAAUAAUACACGUAAAACCAACACGAUUCAAGGAUUUAGCUAAUAUACUCUUCAAUAUUGGUGAAAUUCUCUAUCAAGAAGGAAAGUAUGAAGAAGCUUGUGAUUAUUAUGAACAAGCAUUGGCACUGCGAAAGAAAUCUAUUCUCCUACCAAGAAUGAUAGGUCUUGCCCACCGAAUCAGCAACGCAAUAGUAUGGCAAGUUAUGCUCGCCCGUCGUUCGGUCCGGUUUCAUUGA